AUGACAGCAACCUCAACUGGUAUAAGAUGUUUUCCCGUUCGAUAUGGCCCCGGUACAGAAAUAGUCUCAUCAGUUCAUCAAAUGAUGGAAGCCAAUCAGCUGAAAUCGGUGUUUAUUAUGUCUUGUGUGGGCAGUGUCCGAUCAGCAAAACUGAGAAUGCCUGCUACAGGCGAAUUUAAAGAAUUAACCACACCACAUGAAAUAGUAUCACUCGUCGGAACAUUCGAUGAAAAAAUACAUCAUCUUCAUGGAAGUUUUUCGAACAGUCAAGGAAAUGUAAUAGGUGGACAUAUUCAGGGUGAAUCAUUAAUUGUUUUUACAACAGCUGAAUUAAUGUUAGCGGAAUGUGAAGAUGUUACAUUUUCUCGAGAAUACGAUCCAGAAUCUGGUUAUGAUGAGCUUGUCAUUCAUAAGAAAAGCUCUAUCGGCGAUAAAUAG